CGCAGUGGCUGCCGGGAUGCGCCGCGGCGAAUGGUCGCGCCGGGCGCCGCUCUGAGUGACCUUUCACCCGCGCUCAGCGCUCCCGGGCGGCGGCACCAGGCGGAAGCCAUGGCGGAGGCGGCGGCUGCAGCUGCAGCGGGCGGGACCGGCGCGAGCCCUGGCUCCGCGGCGUACCCGGACCCGGACUUGGGUCGCGCGGGGCGGAGGCUGCGAGUUCUCUCGGGCCAUCUGCUGGGCCGGCCUCAGGAGGCUGUGAGUGCCAAUGAGUGCAAGGCGCGCCGAGCCGCGUCGGCGGCUACGGCGUCGCCUACGGCCACUCCCGCCGCGCCCGAGUCUGGCACCAUCCCGAAGAAGCGGCAAGAAAUUAUGAAAUGGAAUGGAUGGGGAUAUAAUGAUUCUAAAUUCUUCCUCAAUAAGAAGGGCCAAAUUGAGUUAGCUGGGAAAAGGUACCCUCUUAGUGGCAUGGUUUUACCAUCUUUUAAAGAAUGGGUCCAAACUAAUCUUGGAGUACAUUGGGAACAUAGAUCUACCUCUAAAGCAUCCUUGAAUCCUAGUGAUGUACCUCCUUCUAAUGUAAAUGAAGAUUUUCUUCAUGAACUUAAAGAAUUGAAUAUUUCAUAUUCACAAGAAGCAGAUGAUAGAGUAUUUAGAGCUCAUGGUCAUUGUCUUCAUGAAAUGUUUUUGCUCAGGGAAGGAAUGUUUGAGCGAAUUCCUGAUAUAGUUGUAUGGCCAAUGUGUCAUGAUGAUGUAGUUAAGAUCGUGAAUCUAGCAUGCAAAUAUAACCUUUGUAUCAUACCAAUUGGUGGUGGAACAAGUGUUUCAUAUGGCCUGAUGUGUCCUGCAGAUGAGACAAGAACAAUCAUUUCUUUGGACACUUCACAAAUGAAUCGAAUUCUGUGGGUAGAUGAGAACAAUCUGACAGCUCAUGUAGAGGCUGGCAUAACAGGACAAGAAUUAGAAAGACAGCUUAAAGAAAGUGGUUAUUGUACAGGUCAUGAACCAGACUCCCUGGAAUUCAGCACUUUGGGAGGAUGGAUAUCUACCCGGGCAUCAGGCAUGAAGAAAAAUAUCUAUGGCAAUAUUGAGGACCUGGUGGUUCAUAUGAAAGUGGUCACACCUAGAGGUGUAAUAGAAAAAAGCUCUCAAGGACCUCGUAUGUCAACAGGCCCUGAUAUCCAUCACUUCAUCAUGGGAUCUGAAGGAACUCUUGGUGUAAUAACAGAAGCUACAAUAAAAAUCAGACCAGUUCCUGAAUACCAAAAGUAUGGCUCGGUAGCUUUCCCUAAUUUUGAACAAGGAGUAGCUUGUUUAAGAGAAAUUGCAAAACAGAGAUGUGCUCCUGCAUCCAUUCGUCUCAUGGACAACCAGCAGUUUCAUUUUGGUCAUGCUCUUAAACCUCAAGUUUCCUCUAUUUUUACAUCAUUUUUGGAUGGGUUAAAAAAGUUUUAUAUUACAAAGUUUAAAGGAUUUGAUCCGAAUCAAAUAAGUGUCGCCACCUUACUGUUUGAAGGGGACCGUGAGAAGGUUCUUCAACAUGAAAAACAAGUAUAUGACAUUGCUGCAAAAUUUGGUGGGCUGGCAGCUGGAGAAGAUAAUGGGCAGAGAGGUUAUCUGCUGACCUAUGUCAUUGCAUAUAUUCGAGACCUGGGUUUGGAUUACUAUAUAUUAGGAGAAUCUUUUGAGACUUCUGCUCCUUGGGACAGAGUUGUAGAUCUUUGUAGGAAUGUAAAAGAAAGAAUAAGAAGGGAAUGCAAAGAGAAAGGUGUUCAGUUUGCACCUCUUUCUACAUGCAGGGUAACACAGACAUACGAUGCGGGUGCAUGUAUCUACUUCUAUUUUGCCUUUAACUACAGAGGAAUUAGUGACCCAUUGACCGUGUUUGAACAAACUGAGGCAGCUGCUAGAGAAGAAAUCCUUGCGAAUGGAGGAAGCCUGUCACAUCACCACGGAGUGGGCAAGUUACGGAAGCAGUGGCUAAAGGAAAGCAUCUCUGAUGUCGGCUUUGGGAUGCUGAAGUCUGUCAAGGAAUAUGUGGACCCCAAUAACAUCUUUGGAAACAGAAACCUUUUAUAAGUCCAUUAACAUCAUUAUAAAAAUAUUACUUUUUGUUUAUUCAUCUGUGGUUAUACCAGUAAUCAAUAAUAUCAUGGACUAUAUUUCAGCUACAUUUGUUAGUUUAAAAUGUUUGUAUUGGGUCUGUACUUCAUUUUGUUUUUACAUUUAUGGGUUGACAGAUGGUAUUCCUCAGUUUCUGUCACUGUAGGUAUAUCAGCUUACAGCCAAUUAGUUGUUACAAAUUUUAGUCUGGCAGCCCAAGGCUGCAAGUUAUUUCAGAGAAAGGUGCUGCCAGCUGUCUUAUACUGAUGCUUCCUCUUGGAAUAGAAAGGCAGAUUUGGGUACCAUCUAUUGUUUUAGCCUUUUACUAAAAAUGAACAUUACUAGGAAGCAGUUACCUAAGCAAAGAUUCCACUGGGGAGUGAUCCAUGUAUAUGUUUUUAAAAGCAUAUUCUACUGGGAGUAGACCAUUGAGAGAGUACAUUCAUGAAUGCAUAUAGGCAACCUGCUAGGAUGCCAUCAUCUGUAAGGUGCUUGGCUUACAGUUUUCUUUGAAAUUAGUAUGUAGUUACAAAACCUUAAAUCACCAGUAUGCAAAUUAGUCUAUGAGAGGACACAUUUGUUCUCCAUGUUUCUGUUUGGGUUGUAUUUGUAUCACGGAUAUAAUAACCUGUGGUUGUAUCCUAGAUUUUAAGUUUUAUAAGAAAAUUUGACAAACCACUCACUGUAAGUGAAGGACAGGUUUACUAUGAAAUGGAGGCCCUUAUCCUCCCUGGAGUUGUAAUAUUUCUGCUGUUGCAUGCUUGUUGCUGUGCUGCAGAAGAAGCUGCAACAGGAACAGAACAAAAACCCUGACCCUGAUGUCACCAGUUGAAAGAAUUGAUUGGCAAAAGAUAGUCAUCAUUUGGCUCUUAAAUUUGAAAGCCUCAGUGAUUUCAAUGAAAAAAUUCUUUAAAAAAAUUAACCCAAAUUGCAUGAUAAAUUUUCAUAUACAAGUAAAAUUUUGAUUUUGUUCUUAAUAAUGGUUUAUUGCCUUUUUUGACUUACUGGUCUAACCUAUAUUUUAAAAAAAUGUAUUAAUGCAUAGGCCAUAAUCAAAAGUUUGAAAUAUCCUGUUUCUUAAAUUAUAAGAACAUUAAUCACAUUUAGCAAACAUUUUUACAUUCAAACCUGAUAUUAAAAAAAGUGAAAUGACUAAAUCACUGUCAAGCUUCAUGAUUCACAUUUGGAGAUGGAUUCUUUUCUUAAUGCAAUACCUAACUUUUGAUAAUUUUUUAAAGUUAAUAUUUAAUCAGAUAAUGUAUGUGCAAAUGCAGACAAUCCUUUAAAAGGACACACUGUCUGUGUAUGUAGCAACAGCUCCAAAGUAUUUUGGGGCAGUUUGAUAUCUUUUAUAUCUGAAGUAGCCUUAACCAGACAAGUGAAAAUUAAAAUUGACAAAAUAUUUUUAAGACUUCAAAAUGAUGAAUCAUUUUUAACUAUUAAAAUUGGCCACAAACUAACAAAACUUAAAUCUGUAGGCAAAUCAAAAUUGUUAGUUUAACAACAAAAACUAUUUAUUUUUUAGAACUUGUGUCUCUUCAUUGGUGAUUUAGUUUUAGUUAUAAAAUUUCCAGCAGAUACUUGCUUAAGCCCAUGAUGGUUUGAAGUAGUUGGACACUUGGUAAGGAAAUUGCCUCUAGAAUUGUAAGAUCUUCUGCUUCAUAAAAUGCAUCUAUUAAUGAAGGUGAUUUCUCUAAUUGGUGAUCAAAAUGUAAAAUUUACUAAGGUAUUAAUAUCUCACUGAUUGUGUAUACAUGCUACUAAAUAAUGUUUAAUAAAACAGAUUUAUUAGAUCCAUUCCUUUGCAUGUGACUGGUACAACAUUCUUUCCCAGAGAGUUCAUCUUUUGGCACAGAGAUCUGUAUUUGAUAUUAGGAUUUAUAAAUGCUAUACCUGAAAUUGUUGUGUUCAUUAUUCUUUGUGAACCUUAGGGAAGAUAGUGAACUAUAUCCUUGUUUUUCUUUUUCCAUAUAUGCCAGGGCUCCCCAACCUUGAUUUUAUAAUGGUGACUAUAUUUUAUAGUUGGAAUCAUUUAUACAAGUAUCAUUUUUAAACACAGGAAUGUUCAUCUGUACUGUUUAUUCUGAUUUACUGUAUCAGAAUGCCUUCCCCAACUUGUCACGCACCCAGUUCUGGAGGUACCUCACUAGUCUGCACAUAGCACUUAACCCAUGCCUCUUAUUUCUGAAAUAUCUGAAAAUAGCUUCAUAAAGUAAAGCUAGGAGAAUAUUGUUUAUAUUGGGCUUUUACACUUAUUUGAAUAAUUUAAUUUAAAAUUUUUAAAGCCCGUAAACCUAGUUGAUUUUUCAGUGCUGGGGUACUGGGUAACACUGACUUGUCUUUCUCAAGUUAAUAAUACUUGUAGCAUUUUUCUUAAAUUUGAUUAUGUUACCUGUGGAUUGGGGUUUCAGUGGGAAUGGUAACUUGCUGCUAGUAAGUAGCACUGAUGAAUACUAAAGACUCAAUGUGAACAGGCUUUAUUGACCCUUAGAUAAAUGGUUGCCUUAAUGUUGGUGCAAUUUAUAGUAGUAUACAAGUGAGUUUACUUUUGUUCUAGGUAUACAUGAGCCAUUUCAGUUUAAGAAUUAUCAAAGCUACAUUUUAUUGUUCCCAGUGUUUAAACACAGCAAACAGAAUCAAGUUGUUUCCUCUUUUGAGGAAUUGGAAGUUUGUGUCUAAGUGAUGACAGUAUAGGCCAUUACUCUGGGGUUAUUUAUGAAGUGGGAAGCCUUCUAGUGUGCAUAUACUAGUGUGCUGAUAUAUUUUGAAAAACAAGAGUAGAAUAAAGAAUGAUGUUCUAUCAA